GCAACGGAAUUCACGGGGUCUUCGUGCGCGUGCGCACAACACACGUAAACUGUCAUCUCGGGACAGUUAAAGGAUGGACAAGUCAAAGCCUAGAGCGACCAAAACACACCGCUCUUAUUUUUUUACUGAGCGACUUAGUUCCCCCGCCCCACUACACAAUCUCGCCAAUUAUCAGCUUUUGUGAGGAUGCUUCCGGUAUCAGAGCCGGAAAGGGAAGUACUCCAGAUAGUCGCGAGAUUGUGGAGAGGCUGGAGAAUCCUCGGGACCAAUGGCAGGGUAGCGCCUUGGAGCCAAUGGGAGCGCGAGGUUUCGAGCGCGCCAGAGUUGGAUUGGGGGGUUUGAGAUACGGAAGGUCAUGAUGGCGCCGUGAUGGGACCCCCGGACCCAAAGAGGGGCUGAGCGGGAUCCGCGCUCCACGGGACUGGUCCAGGCUUGGAAGCAGCGGGGCUAACGCUCUGUGGGAUCCAGUGGCUGGGAGCGGGCACGUAGGGAUUCAUUGUCAGAUUGCUGAGAGGGGACCUUAGGGGUUAAUUAUCAAGUUAUUAGGGGUUAAUAAGUUAGGAGUUAAUAAGUUAUUGAAAAGGAGCCUUAGGGGUUAAUUAUCAAGUUAGUAGGACUUAAUAAGUUACUGAGAGGGGCCUUAGGAGCUAAUAAGUUAUUGAGAGGGGCUUUAGGUGUAAUAGUCAAUUUAUUGAAAGACCCCAGUAGGGCAGGCGGGGGUGGGGUAGGUAGGACAAGGCAACAGGAACAUAUUGGGGAGGGGGAUGAAGUAGAAAGAUUUAUGAAGGAAGAUUUCCCAGUGAGCAUAUUUGAGAGGUUAAAAGCACCAAGAAGGGGACUUUGAUGUUCCUCAUGGAGUCAGCUGUUGGCUGAGGCACACAAGCCUUCCUCACCUGGUGAAUACAAGUUGGCUGGAAUAUAGAAUAUCUUCGAAGGCAUCAUGACCUGCUCCCACAAUGUGGUCUUUCUCCUGGACACAGCUGGUUCUGUGCAGAAGGCUCAUCUUCAUCUGGGCACCUUGAAGAUCCUGAAUUACUUGGGCUGCAGGUUUGGCCUGGCCAAGGUCCGGUGGGGCUUCAAGUUCUUUGAUUCCUUAGGUGUCCAGGGAAGAAUUUCACGGGUUGGCAGUUUCCGUGAACUUGGUUCUCGCAGCUGGGAAGACUUUGAAGAGGAACUGGAGGCCAGGUUUGAAAACUGUUACCGCACUCGGAACUUGCCCGGACCACCUCCUCGAGCCACUCUUGCUCAGAAUGUACUGAAAGAAGCAGUGCUGGAUUAUCAGUGGGACCGACCUGAAAUCGCUUCUCCGGCAAAGCCGGUGCUGAGGAGCCAAAAAAGCAAAUUAACAGGGACUUCAGAGAGCUCUGACCUUUCUGAGGGUUUUAUAAAUGCUAUUUUCCUCUUCUCUCCCUGCCCUCAUUCCCGGAGAGAACUGUUGCAGUUUGUUUCUGGAAGUCAUGCUUCUUUGUCUGAUGAGCUGCUCCCUUCGCAGGACCUGGCAGAAAAAUUCAUACCCAGGGGAAUUCAGGAAAUGAUGGCAGAGCAGAAAAUCACUUUGCAUUGGGUGGACACUGCUGAUGACUCCACGCUUCUUGAUUCUCCUGAUCAUGUUGGGUACCACAUAUUGACUGAACUGAUGCACAUUUUGAAGGGCACCAUUUUGCCCUCAGGCAUCUUCCUUCCACGUUUGAGUUGUCACAGGACAAGGACCUUCCCUUUUGAGUCCAUAUUCCCUGAGCCGUUCUUUUCACAAGCUAUGAUGUUGCCUUUGGAUUCCACCCUGAACUGUCUCUUCUUUUCGCCUUCUGCGUUACAAGCGUCAUUCCCCCAACUGGAAGGAAUGUUAUUUCUCAACAGGGAUGGAACUCAAAAACCACAGAGCUGUGCAGUGACACUGGUGCCCUUGACUGUGAGCCAGAGACGUUUUGAGAAUCCAGUCAGUAUUUCUCUUAAAUGUGCAGUGGCAGCUGGGGAUAUGAUGCGUACUAGCGGCUUCCGCACAGAGGACUGGAUAAUUUGGAGUUCCCCACUGGACCAGUCUGUUCAGGAGACUUCUUUGUUUCAGCAUCUUUUAAGGUGCAUCGUGGUCCAAGGAUUACAUCUGGUCGCUGACGUGUCUCCACCUGGAUCCUGCUCCCCCUGUACUGGGAUUUUUUCCCCCAUUUCCAGUACAGCUGCAGUUCUUUCCCUUCUCUGUGCUGAAAGAACAGCUGAAGUUGAGAGAUGUCUCCUUCAGACUGCUGAGGAAGGGAACCUAUUGAAGGAGGCUGACUUCAGCUGUCCAGAAGCGGAGAACAGCUUGCUGGGUCAAGUAAACGACUUGAAAGAAAGUGACCCAGCUAGUCCAGAGACACCAGUUCCAGAGUGGGCCCAGCAGGAGCUGCUUCGGGCACGUCGCUGGAGCCCUGAAGUGAUUGAAGGCUGGUUCCCUUUGUCAAACCUCUGUGGAGCAAGCUUCCCUCUGAUGGAAUCGCUAAGGUUACUCCAAGUAGCUCCACCUACUGCGGAAGAGACUUUGAAGUCCGAAAUAGACUUGACCCAGAGCCUGGCUGAAUUUUAUCAGCGGAGAGCCUCUGACGUCUCCACUACAUCUCGUCGACAGGAUCACAAAAAGAGGCGUGGAGCUCCCCGUACUCCGGUCAGACAGAAGAUGAAGAGCAUGCCACGUUCCCUUCAGAUGCUGAAUGUUGCGAGGCUGAAUGUGAAAGCCCAAAAGCUCCAGCCGGAUGAAGAGCCAGCAGCAAGUGAGAAAGUGGCCCAAAGGCCCAGAAGAUCCGAUGACGGAGUGGAGGAAAAUGGAAGAACCGCGAGAACCAAGCUAGGCUUCAAGACUGAGGAAGAGAUGGUCUCUUACACAACUGCGAGCUACCAGAAGGCUGUGGCCAGCGGAGAGAAUUUGUCCCUGUGUGCUCGUGAUAUUGUGGCAGCUACGAACGUUUUUCAGAUAGCAAGUGAGGUCCAAGAGAGAGCGGCAACCUGUGCAGGUGCUGUUCGAAGCAGCCUCCUGAGGACCAGCAAAGCCCUCCGUCAACAGCUGGGCAGCAUCCCCGAUCAGCAAGUCAAACUCAGAGAGUGCCAGCUUCAAGUGUAUUUGCGCUUGGAGAUGUCUGUGCAGUGCCCCUGGGUACAAAGCAGCACAGAUGAAAUGGAACAGCUUGUCGAGGAGAUGACGGAAGUGCUGCGCAUCUUGUGCUUGACCGAAGACCCAGCGUACCUUACCAAAUUUUUAGAAGAUGUUGUAGAAAUAUAUAUGGAUUCGAUACCCAAAACCCUCGGGAGCUUAUACUACAGUCUGGGGACGCAGGUGCCGCCCAAACUGGCCUCCCUCCUGCCAGCAGACUUCUUUGGCGAUGAUUCCCUGAGCCAGGAAAGCCCCGCCCCGCCCCAUCUGGCUUCGGCCGCUUCUGUCCCCACUGCCAGGCCGGGUUCUGUAAGCGACGAGGGGAACAAACUGGAGGAGCUCCGCACCAGAUCAGCCAAGAAAAGAAAGAGCACGUUAUCCAGGCACCGAAGCGUGACCGACUCAUCACUGAACUUGCGCCAAAUAGAGAUCCCUCGAGCACGCAGAACUCGGAUUAGAAAGGACAGUUCCCAGGUGUCAGUUGAUCUGAAACCAUUCCCAGCAGCACAGAAAACACCAGUGCAAGAAGUGACGAAGGUGCGACGGAACCUUUUCAAUGAGGAAACGCAGGCUCCAGGCAAAAGGUCCUUCAAAAGGAUCCCUCGAAGCCAAUCGGUAUCAGCUUUGGAAGGGCUGAGGCCCAAACACAGCCAAUCUAACGAAGCUCCUAGAGAUCAUCACAAGCUACUGACCAAACGGGUGGCUGAGACGCCGUUGCACAAGCAGGUCUCCCGGCGGCUGCUGCAUCGGCAGAUCCAAGGCCGGUGUUCAGACCCAGGGCCUGAAGUGGGUGUUGUGGAAGAAUCUCCGGAAAAAGCUCCAAUUGUUGGCUUAAGAAGGAGCCCUCGGAUCAAGCGGUUGUUGCUGGAUAAAACGUUAUCUGGUUCGUUCCCGUCCUCCCAGGCUACCUUGAAGAAUGUUCAGCACACUCCAGAGGAUUUAGCAGGCCAGGCUUUGCUGUGCCCUAAAAAAACCAUCCAGUCCCCCAAGAGCCUUCUCUUCGGAGCGCUUCAUGACACACCCGGUUCUGGAGGGACCGAAUCACACAGAACAAGGAGAACAUCUUUAGUCUCAGAUGAUCCUGUUGCUUACCAGACACCUAAAAAAACUCCCCACCGGUCUUCUCAGAGACUGCUGAGCCCCCCCGGCACUGUCCUGAGAAGAUCUCCUCGGAUUCAAGAGAAGGCCAAGCAGGCCCUUCUGAAAAGCCCAGUCCAAAAACAGACAGCGGCAAAGAAUUUGGGCUGCCUCUUCUCCCCUCCCAAGCGGAAGAGCAAACCUUCACCUGCAUCCGCUAAGAAGAAAGGAGAAUCUCUGACUCACGCUGCUCUGCCAAAGGGAAACUUGUCUCCGCCUUGCACAGCUUGGCUGCAGCAUACACCCAGAAAGCAGGAGACGGGGGAAGCUCUGGAUGAGGUGUUUGGUUCACCCCAAAACGGUUCCCAUUCAGCCUCCUAUUUCAUAGCACCAGCUCUGUAUCCAUUGUGUCCCAGGGAAAGCUCUCCCUCUCAGCUUCGCUCUCCUAGGCGAUCCUCAAGAAUUAUCCAGAAACUGACCUCUCCAGCUUCCGCUCGGAAGAGGCAAGAAAGGCCAGAGGAAAAAAGAUCGAGAGAUCGGAAGCCUCUGACGCCAUUGAAGUCAGACUCUGUGCCAGCAGACCGAUCCCCCAGAAAAUCUCUAGGUGGGCUUUUGGAUCAGUCUUUGAGCCCCGAGAGCAUUGGGGUUGCUGAGGCUUCUUGUCCUCAGCUGUCCCCGUCCAGUUUGGAAGAGGCGCCCACACCCAAAAAAUCAUGGAAAGCUCAGGAUGCAUCCGGCAUGACGCCGGCAAAAUCUGUCCAGUCCCCUUCCAGCACGUCAGAAGAUCCCUUGCAUGCACACAGAAGUAAGAGGGGAUCUCUUCAGUGGGAUGUAAAUGUCAGUCUUUCCACUGAAAAAGAUUCGUUCUGCAGACCUGGAAUUAAUGAGUGUGUCUCUUUGGUGCAGAGAUAUGAACAGACUGCAGGAAUUGGGACCCCAAAUAAGAGUCGUUCAGAUAAAUGUCUGUUACCUGAACUCUUGGCUAGAGAUAGUGAGCGUGUUCUGGAUUCCAUAGCAGCAUGUGAGUGCAUAGAUCCUGCCAACGUGGGGAGCCACAAAUUGCUCUCAAAUACAUCUGCACGGCCACAAACCCCCACAACUUUACCAAAUAAAGUUUUGCCAGCAGCAAAGUUUUUGGAUUCGCAGCAGCCGGUUUUCCAAACCCCUCCCAGACACGCCACAAAACCCCUGGCCCCGAAGCUCGGUUCGCGCACCUAUGUGCUACGCUGCACUCCAGACAGAAGGCAGCGGGAAGCUGCCGCCCGGCUGGGCAGCCUCGAAAGCACCUUGCUUACUCCGCCAAGUACUCACGCUUUGCCUUGUGCGAUGGGUCCACCUACCUAUGAGGUUCAGCUGGAGAUGCAGGCGUCCGGCCUGCCCAAGCUCCGCAUCAAAAGGGUUAGUUCCGGGGUACCCGUGGAACCACCAUCCCAAGCAGAGGCGAGAGAACUCAAGAAAGAGGACGGUGAAUUUGACACAGGGGAACUUUGUGUGAGCUGGUGUGGCCGGCAUUCCAGUAGACUGGAACCAGUCUGCAUCUCGCCAUCUUGUUGCCGGUCUGCCCACAGUACUCCGGGGGAGUCGGGAGGGGGGCAGACAUACAUAUGCCAGUCCUACACCCCAUCUCGCUGCAUCUCAAGCUCCACUCCACCAUCGAAUGGCCACGUAGGGGUUUCUUGGACACCUUCUCCGAAGCAGAAAAUCAGAGUCACCCCCGAAGCGAUCAAAGACUGGCCGCGGAGGAAGAGGGCCGUGGUCGGCUGCAGCAAGAGCGAGAGGCAAGCGGAGCUCACUGUGGAAAUCCCAGCUGCUGACAAGUGGGGAGGGAGGACUUUGGAGCUCUCUGGGGGCAACGGAGCCCUGGGUGCGGGUGAGUUUGAACUGGAGGGCGUCUACAGGCUCCAAGACCAGUCGCCGGGCAGUGACACAGAAACACAUGCGGAUAAGUGUGUCCCCAAAGGGACUUUUGGAGUACGGUCCCGGAAAAGGGUUUUUGAACACCUGUCUCCGGAGGAGGAAGCUGGUGGGGAAGUCAAAAGGACCUGCCCCGUCAGAGAGGACUCUGCUGGGUCUGUUCACCCGACGGAACUGGUCAACGUAGCCCAAGAAAGAGCGUCACCAGUCGGAACAAAUGGGGAAAAAGAGGAGGCCUUCGGUUUUCCAGGCUUAACUCCACCCGGUUCUUCCAUGAAGAGCUCCAUCUCUGCUAGCAGUCUUCGGGCGCUGACAGUGUCCCCCAUGCUUUACCAGGGACGUGCCACAUCGUGGAGGAAGCGCCGCCCAGAAGACAACUCUGAGCUGGCGGCUGCAAGUGAAGAACUAUCUCCAUUCCAAAGAGCGCCCUCUAGACGGCACCUUCUCAGCAGGACAUAUUCGCGGAAACGCCUGCUGAGCUGAACUCGGGUCCACGACCGUGCGAACACUUUGAGCCAGGUAGCGAGAGUUGGCUUUGGACAAGAUCCUUUUAAAAACCAAAGCCCAGGCGUCGCUGGUCCCAGCGGAGGCGUCUGUUGUCCAGGGGCUGCAUCUCCCCUCUUGAACCUUUCUGCAGUGGGCUCCUUCGUUCCCGUGGCCAGGAAGGAAAAAAGAAGGAACAGGAACCGGAGGGAAAAGCUUAUUCCUCCAUAAACGUGGCCGGGUGCCGUUGCAGCGGCCCACCUCCCUUCAGCGACCGAAAGGAAGCAAAAUACUGGGAUGGAGAACUGUAUUACUUUUAACUGAUUGUUUUGUAAAAUAAAUUUGAUAACAA